AGCGUGCGUGGCCGCAGGGGUCCCACCGUCCAAGAAUGGGCAUUUUCUUCACGAAGAUAUGGAGGCUGUUCAAUCACCAGGAGCACAAGGUUAUCAUUGUUGGGCUGGAUAACGCAGGGAAAACUGCCAUCCUUUACCAAUUUUCUAUGAAUGAAGUUGUACACACAUCCCCAACAAUAGGAAGUAAUGUAGAAGAGAUAGUGGUUAAUAAUACACGUUUCCUAAUGUGGGAUAUUGGUGGCCAAGAAUCUCUUUGUUCUUCCUGGAACACUUACUAUACUAACACAGAGUUUAUAAUCAUUGUUGUAGAUAGUACGGACAGAGAAAGAAUUUCUGUAACUAGAGAAGAACUCUAUAAAAUGUUAGCCCAUGAGGACCUAAGGAAAGCCGGAUUACUGAUUUUUGCUAAUAAGCAAGAUGUUAAGGAAUGCAUGACUGUAGCUGAGAUCUCGCAGUUUUUAAAGCUGACAUCUAUUAAAGACCACCAAUGGCAUAUACAGGCAUGUUGUGCUCUUACUGAUGAAGGAUUAUGCCAAGGACUUGAGUGGAUGAUGUCCCGGCUGAAGAUCAGAUGAUCUCUGCUAACUUCUUCUCUCACAGACUUUGUCUGACAAAGUGCUAGACUUGACCUGAAAGCUGCAAAAACUAAUGGUUUAGAUAUAUUUACAAUAAACUGACUUCAACUUUUUCUACAAGAAGAAAAAUCAGGACCACUCACUGGAAAACAAAGUUGAAGUCUCAAUCUGCUUUCUCCAAAGCAAGUUCUUCUUCAAGCUGUGAUUGACAUUUGUCUCAUUAGGAAUCCUCUCAGGACACUGUGUAGCCUGUGGUAAGUACAAAGGGCGAAGACGUCAUAUUUAACUUAAAAAGCUUUAUUAUCAAGAUAGAUCUCUCUAGUUGAGUGUCAGUCUCUUCUUAUUCCAGUGAGUCAAAAUACAAAUCAGAGCAAAUACUUGGUUUCUAAUAUUUUAAAAUGUAAUGUUACUUAUAAGAAGUAUUUUGCAUAAGAUUAUGUAUGUGUUAUGUAUAUACCUCAAGUUCAAGUUAAUGGCUUCGGUUUAUCGUCUAAAAAUAGCAACAACAAUAAACAACACAACAAUUCAUCAUGUCUUCACUAAUAACCAUAGUAUGUAAGUACUGGCAUUGAUGUUAACAGCAAUUUUAUACUGUUCCCCCUUUGUUCUCUGUAUCAUACUAGCCAACUUUCCAAAUCAGUGAACCACUGGUAAAAAAAAAAAAAAAAAGAGAAAAAGCUUGGCAUUGUGUACCUGUUGUUUUGUUCUGUUCUGUUUUGUUUUGUUUAGUUUUGUUUUGGUUGACCAAACCAUGAGAAUGUGUUAUCCAACUGAAAGGAUUAUCAAAUUCUUGACUUAGUAUUACUUUACUAGUGGGCAGAACUGCACAUUGAAUAGAUACCAGAUUGCUUUCUUUUACUGAGAGAUACACCACCUAAAUUAUAAAUGAAUAAUCUACUGGGGGCCGGGCAGUGGCACAGCAGGUGAAGUGCACAUGGUGCAAAGCACAAGGACCAGUGGAAGGAUCCCGGUUUGAGUCCCCAGCUCCCCACCUGCUGGGGAGUCGCUUCAGAGGCGGUGAAGCAGGUCUGCAGGUGUCUGUCUUUCCUCCUCUCUGCAUUCCCCAUCUCUCUUGAUUUCUCUCUGUCCUAUUCAAUACCAAUAACAAAGGCAAGGGCAAUAAAAUGGGGGAAAAUAUUAAUCUUUCAACCAGUCAGCCAUUAAUUUUGAUUAAGUAAUAUUUUUCAGCAUUGAAAACCUUUAUGUGAAAAGUCUAUCGAAAGGCAUAUCAACCUAUAGUAUCAUAUAAUUUAGCUAGAGCUUUUAGAUAUUAAAUAUAUAUAAAGCAUUUAAAAUGAAAAGAAAACCUAUUUUCUAAGCAACACAGAUACUUUGCUAAUUUGAAAGUUUAUUCUUGGGAUUUAGAAUAAUCUGAUAUAUUUUUAUUUCUGUGGGUUUUCAUCUGUCAUAUUACAGCAAGUAAUUUAUUUAUAAAUACAAGAUACAAAUGUUUAUGCCUGUAAGAAUUUGGUUUUAAAAUUGAGCAACAUAUGUAUUUUCUCUUUAUUAAGAGGUAACAUGUCCUCAAGAUACCUUCUUGUUUGUAUAUUUUUGUUGUUGUUGUUGGCUUGUUUUUUUUUUAAUAUCUGAAAAGUCAGAUGCCUCUGUUGUAAAUGUAAGAAAACUUAGCCUGAAUGUGUUAAAACAUUUUCUUGGGUGCACUAUAUUAAGCCCUGAGAAUCUAAAAGACUCAUUUAAACAGGCAUGAUACAGGAUAAGAAAUAAAAUAAAAUAAUGGCUGUUUAAAUUUCACAAAGGUUUUGGGGCUGGUUGGCAGUCCACCUGGUUGAGCACCCAUAUCACCACGUGCAAGGACUCGGAUUCAAGGCCCCAGUCCCCACCUUUGGGCGGAAAGCUUCAUAAGUGGUGAAGCAGUGCUGCAAGUGUCUUUCUCUCCCCCCUCUCUUUAUCUCUCCCCCUUCCCCUUUCCCUCUCCCUCCCUCCCUUCCUAUUUACCUUUCAUCCCAGUUUCUCUCUGCCUGCAUCCAAUAAAUAAAUAAAUAAA